CAAAAUGCUUUUCAUGUAGUGCAUCCACAGAAACAUCAACAGAGUCAAUUGGUACUUUCCUACGAAUCAAGAUGUUGUGUCCUUUAUGUUCAUACCAAUAUACCUGGGAAAGUCAACCACUCAUUAAUAGUAUUCCAGCUGGAAACUUAGCACUUUCAACAGCCAUUCUUUGUAGUGGGUCGCUGCCAACUAAAACUAUUACCCUUUUCAAACUUAUGAACUGCUCCACCAUCAAUGAAAGCACAUAUUUUAAGUAUCAAAGGAAUUAUUUAAAUCAAGCAAUACAAACAACAUGGAUAGAACACCAAAACAGCAUAAUUGCAUCUUUCAAAAAGAACAAGGACAGGCUUAUUUUGGGUGGAGAUGGUAGGUGUGAUAGCCCUGGCUACUGUGCAAAAUUUGGGUCUUACACAUUUUUGGAAUUGCAGAAUAAUGUAAUUACUGAUAUUCAAUUGGUACAGAGUAAUGAGGUCCCAAAUAGUUGUCACAUGGAAAAGGAAGGAUUAGUAAGGGGGAUCGAGUUCAUUACAAGUAAAGGGUUGGAAGUUGAAUUACUUAUUACAGACAGACACGGUCAAGUGUCAAAGUGGGUAAAAGAAAACAUGAAGGAUACAUUGCAUAAAUAUGACAUUUGGCAUGUUGCUAAAGGGUUUAAAAAGAAAAUAGAGAAACUAGCCAAAACCAAGGACUGUGAACUAUAAUGUCUAGCAAUGGAAAUAAGGAAGAGAUUAAAGAGAAAUGG